AAGAAGCAGUAGCUUGUUUCAAGCAAAUAGCCAAUGCUUCGAUAUUCUAUACGUUGGUGCACGACGCCGACGCCGUCCGUCUAUAGCAAUGGAAUGCGAUUAUGCGAGAUUUAUCAAGGGACAUCCUCCUUUACGCACGAACGCAAAGCGCGCCUUUUGCGAUUGAUAUAGGUCGGCCCUUUAUUAACUGGACUACGCUACUCUGGAUAUGCCGGCGAAGCUCAUGUCGUCAUAGGCCCAAGCAUUGGGCUACAGCCCCCACUAAAGAUCCAAACUGCGUAUCUCUUUGGCGCUUUUUUAGCGACCUAGGAACGCCGAUAUGCGAUCGCUUGAGCGAUCCGCUGAUGCAACCUCGCCUACCGAUGAUGCCCUUUUCCGUGGAAAUGCAGAUUUGUGACGCAUGGGAGGCAUAUGGAGUGGAGGCAAGAUUCUAAUUGUGCUGCGACCAUGACAACUUGCUAUCAACUAUUAUUACGUGCGUGCUCUGUAUGCUGUUGAUUAUUAGGGUAGAAAUAUUGAAAGCCAAGAUUAUGCAUCGAGGUACCCAGAAGACAAGCUAAAAUAGGGUCUUCAUAUAGAAAAAGAGAUGGAAGAGGGGAAAAAGGGAAAAAAAAAAAAAAAAAA